AUUGUUUGUCAAUUUUUUCUUCUCGUUACGCAUGCCCAAGAAGGCGGAAACUGGAAUUGUAAACAAUGGAAUCAUUCGGAACGGCCACUUGCAUUUUACCCUGUUUCUAAGGGAAUAUGAUAUUGUGCAAGACACCCCAACAUACAACUAUAUAGUAUGAUGAAUAUAAAAGGAUACUAACAUGGUAUUUGGUUUUGGAAAGAUUGGUAUUGGAAAAGUCAUAGCGUUCUUGGUUUUAAUUAUUGUUCUUAUUCAAAUCUGGCACAUAGGCAUGUUGACAAAACAUGAAAGGAUGACAUUACCAAGCAACCAGAAAAACGAAGGAGACCAUGGACAAGUUCGAAUGCUCAUAUCAAAAAUUGAAAACGCACAUGUACUUGAUAGCAGUGGUACUUAUAAUAUUAUCACCGAUAUUUUCUGCCAUGAGGAUUCAAGUUCCAUUCUACAGAAUGAUGUAACACUGGUUUCUCAGACAUCAAGCAAUAAUUUAAAUGAUGUGAUUGCCCUCAGUGAAAGAUGGGACGGUGUAAUCUCGAUUUCCGUUUUUACUCACUUUAAAGAUUUACAAUUUUCUAUGGACAAGCUGUUACAUCUGCAUCUAUGCUUUCCCAAAAUACAAAAUCGUGUUCAUUUUCAUCUCGUAUAUCCUUUAUAUAAUGACAUUUCGCUUGACGAAUUAAAACAUAAUUUUGUUAGCUCUAAUUGUGAGAAUUCUAUGAAAACUUUUCACAAUCAAAAUUAUGAAAUUGAAGGAAUAGAAUACCCACAUAAUCUUUUGAGGAACACGGCAAUAAAAUUUUGUAAAACAAGCUAUGUGUUUCUCAUUGACAUAGACAUGCUCCCAAAUAAAUAUUUGCGAAGAGAAUUUAAUACGUUUGUACAAUCUUUUAAAAAUGAUUCUGUUGUGUUUGUUGUACCUUCCUUCGAAUCAAAAGACGAUGCCGUUAUUCCAACAGAUAGGACACAACUUUUAAGAAAUUGGAGAUUAAAGAAAAUCAGACCAUUUUAUUUUGAUGUUUGUGAAAAGUGUCAAAGGCCUACAGACUAUGACCAGUGGCAAUUUCUACCAGACUCUAGUCAUUUAAAUAUAGCUUACUUUGUACAACGGGAGGAUGCUUACGAACCAUUUUAUAUAGCCAAGAAAGAUUUCCCAUUGUACGACGAGCGGUUCAAACAGUAUGGAUACAAUAGAAUUAGUCAGGUAUGUGAAAUGAACAUUGCAGGCUACAAUUUUGGAGUUUUAAACAACGCCUUUCUUAUACAUAAAGGAUUUAAAUACAGAGACGGCUUCCAUAAAAACAAAGAAAUAGAGAAUAACAGGAAUAGAGACUUAUUUCAACAGUUUAAAAGAGAACUCAGAACAAAAUAUCCAAAUUCAAAACGGUCUUGUUAAUAUUUUGCAUAUUAAGGAUUUUAUAGUUCCAUAAAUACUUAACUGAUCAACGAUUUAUUUCAAUAUUAAAUUUCAAACAUG